AGUUCCGCUGGAGCUUUAUAACUUCUCUUCACCGUAUCAAGUGUCAACCGAAGGGGAGUCGAAGUGUUUCCUUGGUUUGGUAAGCUUUGGCGGUUUGUUUCCGGUGGCCUCUGGUCCCCUUCGUAGUAGUGGUGAGUUUUUUGUCCUUCUUGUCCCUUUCGGUUAGGUUAGUUUUUUGUGCUUCAGUGAAAGGUCGGGAACAUUCGAGGAGGAAGCUAGUCAUGCUAUCCUCUCCGGCGGUACUGAGGCGUGGAAGAAAUAUGAGGUGAGGCGGAGGUGUGGCCGUAGCGGGUGUAGUCCGUGCUGGGAUCGAAGUCGAUGCCGAGCCAGAUCCCUCUCGGAUGAGGGCAGUAGAGGGAGUUAAUUGGGAGUAGGCGACUAGCGAGCCGCCGUGCAUCUUAACCUGUUUAGCUUUCGCGGCGGAAGUCGCCUCAUAUUUCGGUGGGUUGUGCUGCGUGUGUAAGGAGGGGAGUAUAUCGUGUUCAUGUUUCACAGUGCUCUAGACUUCGGCGGUUUAGCUUUCUUCUCUUUCGUUUGCAAACUUAAUCAUUAUUUCUUCCAAAUAUCUUUGUCGCAGAGGUGGGGUGGGGAGAGUAACAAAAGUCCAAGUCCUCAAAUCUCUUUUCCAACAUAGUCAACAAGAAUUGAGUACCAUAAAAAAAUUAUCUAAAAUAUCUCAUUUCGUUUUCAACUCAUUGUGCGAGCCUUGAAUCAUCUGGUUCAUUUGAUUUUAAUGUAAAGUUCUUUUUUUGUUUUUCUCUCUAUUUUCUAGUUUUUGUUUUGAGAUGGAUUGGCUGAGGAACAAGAUGAAGAAGAAGCCAACAAAAUCUGAUAUAGUAGCGAACGAGAGAGGGGCAAAGUUGUUAGAAGAGCUGAUAGAAUGUUGCAAUGGCAAAUCCAAUCCCAUCAAAUUCUUCUCUGCUGAUCAGAUCCUCAAUGCCACUGACAGUUUCAGCAAAUCUAAUUGUCUUUCCAAAAUAUAUGGUUAUGGCUGCUACGACUGGACCAACUGGUAUUCAGGUAAGAACGAGAACCACCGCAAAAUACUCGUCAAGAUAUUCGGUAUAGAUCGAGAUGGAAGUAUUAGCAGGGACAUAGCAGUAUCAUCGAUGGUGAGUGGUCACAAAAACUUUAUGAAAUUGGUUGGAUGCUGUCUCGAGUUUGAAAAUCCAGUCAUGGUUUAUGAUGGUGUCAAGAAACAUUACAAAUUAGAUAUAAGUAAAGAGACGUGGAAAAGGAGAAUGAAGAUAGCUGAGGAUAUCGCCACUUCUUUAGCUUACCUUCACACCGCCUUCCCAAGGCCCUUAGUAUAUAGGAUAUUUUCUCCUGGGAAUAUCUUAGUGGAUGAAGAUGGUGUUGGGAAGCUGACUGAUUUCUCUCACUGCGUCUCAAUUCCCGAAGGAGAAACAUUUGUCAAGGUUGAUAAUCGAAAGGGAUUCUUUGGUUCCCUUACCGACCUUAAUUACCGGAAAAAUAGAGUCGUCUCGGAGAAAACAGAUGUCUUUGCCUUUGGAGUUUUGAUAUUGCAAGGAUUUCUAAUUGGAGAUAAAAGAUCUACGAAUAUUUGGGUAGAAGCCAGUAUUAAAGGUUACAGUGAAAGGAAUGUUGGUGAUGACUCUCAUCAAUUUUGGAUGUUAAAAUUUGGGGGAAAAGAUAGAAGAAUGGAUGUGAUUGCAGAUCCACAGAUGAUAGAAAAGAUGGGUGAAAUUUCAGAAGAAGAGGUUUCUCAAAUGAAAGCUUUCCUAAGGCUCUCACUAAGAUGCGUCGGUCAUAAAGGUGAAAUUCCAACGAUGGUUGAAGUUGCCAAAGAACUAAAGAAGAUACAAAAGGUCUCUUUUUCUCCUGUAGGUGAAUUCACCCAAUUCAACUCUCCCCAAGAUGUUUCUUCCUCUUCCUAAGUCGUUGUUAAACAAGACUUAAAAACACAUAUUCAUUUUGCAUGCCUGCCUUGAGAUAUUUCACGGAAUGUUUCAAUGCGUUAAGUUGUGCUUGUUUCAGUCCUUCACAAAAAAAGAAAAAAAAAAUAUAAUAAUAAUAAUAAUAAUAAUCUAAGAGUGUGCUGAAAAUUAGCUAUGUUUGUUUGUAUUAAGAGCUUAGUGCUUUUGUCUGUGUUUUGGGUUUGACUUUGAUCGAUUCUUGUGUUUUCAUAGU